AUGUCAGCUACCAAACCUACUCUCAACAAACAAAGCACUUAUGAAGAGAUACGCAAAGGUAUGAACUUGACACGAGCUGAAUUAAUAUAUCAAAGAAAUGUAUUGGGUGACUUGGUUAAAGAGCUUGAAACUGAUAUAAAUGCUAUAUUUGCUGAGAAUAUAUUUAAUGAACAAAAAAUGGUAAUAAGAGAAGCUUUAGUAUGUGAACUCCGAGCAGAGAAAAGCAUAUUACUCCAACAGAUUUCACUUUAUGAAAUUGAAAUUAAAGAGAAGAAUUCGUUGUUGAAGAACCUUGAGUCGAAAAUCAUUUAUAUUCGGAGGUAUUUUGAUUACAUAGUUGAUUUAUUUGAUUUGGAUAAAAAGAGGAUGAUGACUCUUGACGAGUUCAUUUAUAAAUAUAGUGAAAUUACAGUGAACAAUGUUUUACCUAUUAAUAUAAUGAGAGAACGGGCUGAUUAUAUAGAACAACUUCUUAAAGAAUUCGAAGAAAAAGUGAAAUCAACGGAUGACAUUCAGCAGCGAAUACUGCGUCGUGACAAAAUACUCUCACAAGAUAAUUUAGACAAUUUUGAAGAAUUCAGAAAACAGUUCAAAGCUGCCAGAUAUAUACAAGAACGUCCUCCAAUCUUAAACCCAAAUGAUGACCUUCAACAAGUUCUUGAACAAAAAGAAAUGCCAAAACCCACUCCAACUGCCAUGGUUGAAAGUGAUGAUUUCUCUCCAAUCCAUCCAUCCGAAUUUGUCCAAAUAGAAAAAUGA